AUGGAAGUGAAGUCUGGAGCAGUAGAUCUCUUUGGGAAUACUUUAAAUUCUCUACUUGAUUGUACAAAAAAUGGAGAGAUUCUAAGCAAACAGGCGCCACCAACAAUUUACAUGGUUCCUAGUGCGGUCCGAGAUCUGAGACCAAGUUCUUUUACCCCUAGGGUGGUCGCUAUUGGACCUCUUCACAAACAUGAUGAACAUUUGCAAGGAUUUGAAGUUCAAAAAACAACUUAUUUAAAUAAUCUGUUGCAUCGUUUCCGUAUGGUGCCAGAGCAGACAUUGGGAACAUGUGUGGAGAAGGUGAUUGGUUCAAUAAAAAAAAAUCAAAGAAUGUUAUGCAGGGUUGACCUCCUAUGA